GUGAUGAAAAGUAGCAUGUCAAUGGUUGAAUUGUUUGAUUACAGUGAAGUACCAAGAGAGUUACUGCAGAAUGCAACGGGUGGAGAGGUUCAUCUCAACAUGGAGGACCAUAGGCAUGAGGAAUUUUUACCUCAAAAGACCAAAGUCAAAGCUUUUGGAGGAAAGGACAUUUAUUGGGGAGUCCAUCACCCACUACAGUUGGCACUACUAAGCCCUUAGACGAAAAGGACAAGCUUGCAAAUGAGAAAGAGGCGCAAGCAACUGUCAGCGUGGACAGCGGUGCUCCCACCACCUCGGUGCAGAUUCGGUUGGCUGACGGCUCCAGACUUGUAGCUACUUUCAAC